AUGGACGCACCCGUAGCUGAAUACAUGAAAGGAAUAGAACUAUUUUUGUACGGUAUGUCAUAUGACAUAUGGAAGACACAGAGGGAGAGAGUUUUAGCUGUAAAGAGAGAAGAUAUAUUAGAUGUCUGUCAAAAGUAUUUGACACCAGACAAGUGGGCGGGAAAAUGCGUGAUUGGGGAAGGUGCAUCACAGCAAAUUUGCAAAAGCAACGAAUCCUGGCAGAAAAUUAGCGGACCGCAAGAGAAAGAGAGUUGUUAG